CUAAUGUGGCCCACGAGGCCUCUGCCCGGCCCCUUCCCUGGCCCCGGGCAGCGGGGAGGCGCGGGGGUUGGGGCAGGCUCCGGGGAGGAGGCGGCGGCCGCCACCCGGGCGUGCGAGUGAGUGAGGGAGUGCGAGCCGGGAGGGGGAGGCGGCGCGGCCGCGGCCCGGGCCCCGCCAGGGCUGCUCUCACGGCGCCUCUCUCUCCUCUCUCUUUGCCCUCCCUCGGCGUCUCGGCUUCUCUGCGUCUCUCCUCCCGCCAUGGGACCCGACUUUCCGUGCCCGCCGCAGUGCCCAGCCGGCUGGGGGAAGAUGCCAAAAUGGCGACCGGCAACUACUUUGGAUUCACCCACAGCGGGGCGGCGGCGGCGGCGGCUGCGGCCCAAUAUAGUUCUGUUCUCUGGAGCAGCAUGGACCAGCAGCCAGCUUCGGGUGUAGCCUAUUCUCAUCCAACUACAGUUGCUAGCUACACUGUCCAUCAGGCUCCAGUAGCUGCUCACACAGUUACUGCUGCCUAUGCACCAGCAGCCGCCACAGUUGCAGUUGCCAGGCCUGCUCCAGUAGCUGUUGCAGCUGCUGCAACAGCUGCUGCUUAUGGAGGCUACCCCACUGCACAUACAGCAACUGACUAUGGUUAUACCCAGAGGCAACAAGAAGCACCACCACCACCACCCCCAGCUACUACACAAAACUACCAGGACUCAUACUCAUAUGUAAGAUCCACAGCGCCUGCUGUAGCUUAUGAUAGUAAGCAGUACUACCAACAACCCACAGCAACCGCUGCUGCUGUAGCUGCCGCUGCCCAACCUCAGCCUUCUGUUGCUGAAACUUACUAUCAAACAGCCCCCAAAGCAGGUUAUAGCCAAGGUGCAACUCAGUAUACUCAAGCCCAGCAAACUCGACAAGUGACAGCCAUAAAACCAGCCACACCAAGUCCAGCUACCACUACUUUCUCCAUCUAUCCUGUAUCCUCCACCGUACAGCCAGUGGCAGCUGCGGCAACUGUGGUGCCAUCCUAUACUCAGAGUGCUACUUAUAGUACCACAGCAGUUACUUAUUCUGGUACAUCUUAUUCAGGUUAUGAAGCAGCAGUGUAUUCAGCUGCAUCUUCCUACUAUCAACAGCAGCAGCAGCAACAGAAGCAGGCAGCAGCAGCCGCCGCUGCUGCUGCUGCAACAGCUGCCUGGACAGGGACCACCUUUACUAAAAAAGCACCAUUCCAAAAUAAACAACUGAAACCAAAACAGCCUCCCAAACCACCACAGAUUCACUAUUGUGAUGUUUGUAAGAUCAGCUGUGCUGGACCACAGACUUAUAAAGAACACUUAGAAGGACAGAAACAUAAAAAAAAAGAAGCUGCAUUGAAAGCCUCACAAAAUACCAGCAGCAGCAACAAUUCUACUCGUGGGACUCAAAAUCAGCUACGUUGUGAGCUCUGCGAUGUGUCUUGUACAGGAGCAGAUGCAUAUGCUGCCCACAUUCGUGGUGCUAAGCAUCAGAAAGUGGUUAAGUUACACACAAAACUUGGUAAACCCAUUCCAUCAACAGAACCAAACGUUGUUAGCCAAGCUACUUCUUCAACAGCUGUGUCUGCUUCAAAGCCGACUGCCUCUCCUUCAAGCAUUGCAGCAAACAAUUGUACUGUGAAUACUUCAUCAAUUGCAACGUCUUCAAUGAAGGGUCUUACGACUACAGGAAACUCAUCUCUUAAUAGCACAUCUAACACUAAAGUAUCAGCAGUGCCUACAAAUAUGGCUGCCAAGAAAACAUCUACCCCCAAAAUAAAUUUUGUUGGCGGUAAUAAGCUGCAGUCAACAGGAAAUAAAACGGAAGACGUAAAAGGAACUGAAUGUGUUAAAAGUACUCCUGUCACUUCUGCUGUGCCGAUUCCUGAAGUAAAGCAAGACACAGUGUCAGAACCAGUCACACCUGCAUCUCUUGCUGCUUUACAGAGUGAUGUGCAGCCAGUAGGCCAUGAUUAUGUGGAGGAGGUACGAAACGAUGAAGGAAAAGUAAUUCGCUUCCAUUGUAAAUUAUGUGAGUGCAGCUUUAAUGAUCCCAAUGCUAAGGAGAUGCACUUAAAAGGGCGAAGACACAGACUUCAAUAUAAAAAAAAAGUAAAUCCAGAUUUGCAAGUAGAAGUAAAACCUAGUAUUCGAGCAAGAAAGAUUCAAGAAGAGAAAAUGAGAAAGCAAAUGCAGAAGGAGGAAUACUGGCGAAGGCGAGAAGAAGAGGAACGUUGGAGAAUGGAAAUGAGACGUUAUGAAGAGGACAUGUACUGGAGAAGAAUGGAGGAAGAACAGCAUCAUUGGGAUGAUCGCCGCCGAAUGCCAGAUGGAGGUUAUCCUCAUGGUCCUCCAGGCCCUUUAGGCCUUCUGGGAGUUCGACCAGGCAUGCCUCCUCAGCCUCAGGGGCCUGCACCCUUACGUCGUCCUGACUCAUCUGAUGACCGUUAUGUAAUGACAAAACAUGCCACAAUUUAUCCAACUGAAGAGGAGUUACAGGCAGUUCAGAAAAUUGUUUCUAUUACUGAACGUGCUUUAAAACUGGUUUCAGACAGUUUGUCUGAACAUGAGAAGAACAAGAACAAAGAGGGAGAUGAUAAGAAAGAGGGAGGUAAAGACAGAGCUUUGAAAGGAGUUUUGCGAGUGGGAGUAUUGGCAAAAGGAUUACUUCUCCGAGGAGAUAGAAAUGUCAACCUUGUUUUGCUGUGCUCAGAGAAACCUUCAAAGACAUUAUUAAGCCGUAUUGCAGAAAACCUACCCAAACAGCUUGCUGUUAUAAGCCCUGAGAAGUAUGACAUAAAAUGUGCUGUAUCUGAAGCGGCGAUAAUUUUGAAUUCAUGUGUGGAACCCAAAAUGCAAGUCACUAUCACCCUGACAUCUCCAAUUAUUCGAGAAGAGAACAUGAGGGAAGGAGAUGUAACCUCGGGUAUGGUGAAAGACCCACCGGACGUCUUGGACAGGCAAAAAUGCCUUGACGCUCUGGCUGCUCUACGCCACGCUAAGUGGUUCCAGGCUAGAGCUAAUGGUCUGCAGUCCUGUGUGAUUAUCAUACGCAUUCUUCGAGACCUCUGUCAGCGAGUUCCAACUUGGUCUGAUUUUCCAAGCUGGGCUAUGGAGUUAUUAGUAGAGAAAGCAAUCAGCAGUGCUUCUAGCCCUCAGAGCCCUGGGGAUGCACUGAGAAGAGUUUUUGAGUGCAUUUCUUCGGGGAUUAUUCUUAAAGGUAGUCCUGGACUUUUGGAUCCUUGUGAAAAGGAUCCCUUUGAUACCUUGGCAACAAUGACUGACCAGCAGCGUGAAGACAUUACAUCCAGUGCACAGUUUGCAUUGAGACUCCUUGCAUUCCGCCAGAUACACAAAGUUCUAGGCAUGGAUCCAUUACCGCAAAUGAGCCAACGUUUUAACAUCCACAACAACAGGAAACGAAGAAGGGAUAGUGAUGGAGUUGAUGGAUUUGAAGCUGAGGGGAAAAAAGACAAGAAAGAUUAUGAUAACUUUUAAAGUGUCUGUGAAUCUUCAGUGUUAAAAAAAACAACAGGUGCCCAUUUGUUGGCUGUUUUUCAUUCAUAAUAAUGUCUACAUAAAAAAAUAUAUCAAGAAUUUAAAGGAUUUCAUGGGAGAACCAAGUUUUUCUAUGACAUUUAAAAAUGUAUACUGUUAGGUGUUAUUUGAAUGGGAAGACACCAAAAAAAAAA